AUGGAGGCAGCUCUUGGAAACUCAAAAGAUUAUUCGCUGAAGCAAUAUCUAAAAUUCGUAGAUAAGUUGCAGAUGAAAGCGAAGGAACUAAGUUUAGAAGUGGACUCAUUUACCCCAUCUGAUGUAGAAAGGGCAUUGUGGAGUUAUGUCGUGGCGCAGUGUUUCAGGGUCUUGCGGAGGAUGCGCUUGUUCACCUUCAGGUUGCGCUUCAGGGCCGGCAUCACGGGCGCGAUAUCAGUGACCACCAAGUCCGUUAGGCCCAAUAGGAACAUGCCCAUGCCCGCCACGCCGCAGCCCGUGCCCAGUUCCAUGGCCCGUUUGCCUCCGAAGUCCAGGACGCGGGCGUAG